CCGGGAUAGAGGGGACUAUAGGAGGGCCGGUCUCUCUGAUCAGGGUUAAAAUCUCUUCUAGAUUACAGUGGCGACUUGUGUGGCCGUGACCAUGCGUGUGGUGAUCAUCUUCCUCCUGUCUGCCCUGCUUCCACUCUCUCUCUCCCAUGGUCGUGGUCGGGACCCCUUUGCCUGGCUGUACGGCGGACGAGGCCAAGGAUACUAUUUUGCCUCGCUGCAGGCAGACACCGCAGGGGGAGACUGCCCUGCAGAGUGCGACUGCCCCCCCACCUUCCCUGUCGCCAUGUACUGUGAUGGACGAGGUCUGACAGCCAUGCCAUCCAUUCCCUCCAGGAUGAAGUAUCUGUAUCUGCAAAAUAAUGCCAUCACAGCUGUGCCUGACUCAGCUAUGGUCAAUGCAACUAAUCUGGUGUGGCUCAUGAUGCACCACAACCAGCUGACGUCUGAUGCCAUUGGCAAAAAGGCAUUCCUGAAGAUGGAGAACUUGGAGCGUUUAUAUCUCCAACACAAUAAUCUAACCAUCAUUCCUUCUAACCUUCCCCGCUCGCUGCGAGACCUGAGAAUCAGCGGUAACAAGAUUGAAAAGGUAACAGUUGGAGACGUAGAGGGCAUGGAUAACCUCACCAUCCUGUAUCUCCAUGACAACGCCAUUACAGACAUGGGCGCAUCACUGAAGGCUCUGGUAUCCCUCACACUUCUAGACAUCAGUGGCAACAAACUGACAAAGGUCCCUGAAGCUCUGCCCACGCACCUGCACCAGCUCUACAUGGAGUCCAACUCCAUCGACUCUCUGCCAGAGAACUUUUUGGGCGGCUUCAGUCAGCUUCAGUACGUCCGAAUGGCUCACAACCAGCUCACAGACAAGGGCAUCCCCCCCAACACCUUUAAUGUGACCGGGCUGGUGGAGCUGGACCUGAGCUUCAACAAACUGGAGCGGAUCCCCCUCGUCAGCACCACGCUGCAACACCUGUACCUGCAAGCCAAUCAGAUCAAAGAGUUUUCCCUGGGUAGUUUUUGCAGUAUUGUGGAUAUCUCCAACUUCUCCAAGCUGCGGACUCUGCGACUGGAUGGAAACGAGCUCAGUCGGCAGGACAUCCCCAUGGAGUCAUCCCUCUGUCUGCGCGUGGCUCACGAGAUCGAGGUCUAAGCAUCGCCAGGACAAUGUGACGUUCUUCCCAUAAAUAUAAUUUACAUCAUACACAUGGAGAUGGUGAACAUGUGUUUAACCCAUAAAGACCCAAACAGCCUCUGUCUACCAAAAGCAUCUACUGAUCUAAACUGUUUAACACCUGUUGAUCUGCUAAUCCUAUCAAUACAUGUAAAUAAUUGGUGUAAAAUACAGUUUGUCAUCUUUUCAUGGUCAUCAGAUAUGAUCCAUUUAGACGUUCAGAGGAUCUGUAGUGAACAGAGAUCACCAACCCUGGCCCUCAAGAUCUACUAUCCUACAUGUAUUUGAUGUAUCCUUCUUCCAACACAACUGAUUCAAUGACAAGCCUAUCAUUAAGCUCUGCAGAAGCCUGAUAAUGACUGUCAGGUGUGCUGGAAGAGG